GAAAAUAAAUUGACCGCUUAACGGUCUUUCCUGGUCAUGGAAUAUCAUCAAUCAAUCUAAAAGAUCGAAGAAGAAAUUCGGAAGGAAAGAAACAAUGGAGAAGGUGAUGAAUAUUAUUAAGCCAAAACCGAAUCCACAACAGCAAUUAAGAGAUUGGCAGCGUAGGCUUCGCCAGGAAUGCCGUAACAUCGAGCGCCAAAUCAGAGAUAUUCAGCGAGAAGAGAGAAAUGUACAGAAAGCUAUUAGAGAAGCUGCCAAGAGAAAUGACAUGGUUUCUGCUAAGGCACUUGCCAAAGAAAUUGUGAGAUCCAGGAGAACGGUCAAUCGCCUAUAUGAAAAUAAGGCACAAAUGAAUUCAAUAUCAAUGCACCUUGGGGAAAGUGUAGCAAUUGCCCUUACAGUUGGGCAUUUGUCCAAGAGUGCUGAGGUUAUGAAGCUUGUAAAUAACCUCAUGAAGGCUCCGGAAGUGGCUGUCACAAUGCAAGAGUUCAGCAAAGAGAUGACUAAGGCAGGGGUAAUUGAGGAGUUUGUUGAUGAUGCUCUUGACAACGCACUGGAUUCGGAAGAUAUAGAAGAGGAGAUAGAAGAAGAAGUUGACAAGGUCUUGACAUCUAUUGCUGGUGAGACUGCUGCACAGCUUCCAGAAGCAGUAAGGAAGGAGAAGAUGAAGCAACCUGCUCAGACAACACCACAGGAGGAAGAAGCUAUAGCUGAGGGAGUUGAUGAUGAGGAAGAACUAGAAGAAAUAAGGGCUCGACUUGCAAAAGUUCGGUCAUAAGUCAAGCUUUCAGUCUUUUCCUAUUCUCCUUGCUUAAUAGAGAAAUGGUAAUCAUGCUGACUAGUUUGUUGCCUCUGAGUUGGAUUGCUUAAUAGAGAUUGCAGCCUUCUGUGUACUAUAUUACAAACAGGAUAUCUGUAAAUCGGCACAUUGUAGCUAAUAUCGUGUAAUGCCUACAGUUGCUAUUUAGUUAUUCCUGUGGGCAAGAUCUGUAUUACAUCUAGGAGAAUUGAUGUGUUGAAACUCUUUAUGCUCUCUACUGAGCAAGAAUAAACCAUUUUAAUUUAUAAUCUGUUGUAUAUCUGUUAAGUAAUUAUUUGUUAGUAUUGUGGCUA